AUAAAAUAUAAGAUAUGAAGCUGGUUGUUGUUUUGUGUUCUGUUGCAUAACGACGCUGUGGAGGAGGCUCUGCGUGCGUGUGCGUGUAGUGUGAGUGUAUAUAUAUAUAUAUGUGUGUGUGUGUGUGUGUGCGUGUGAAUGAUUUGCUGGUGGCAGAGAGAUGCUGAAUUAUUCAGGACUGAAUCCUCCUGCUGCUCCUCUCUGUUGUUAGAGAGAGGUUUAUAUUAUUAUAUAUUAUUGAUAUUAGAGGCUUCAGGAGGAAACCAGUGAAAUCAUGUUGCAAAUACAAACAAUCCACAAUGAGAAAUAAAAGAUAAAAAUGUGUUUUGGAUGAUUUUUUCGAUCUCAGAGAGAAAAUCAAACAAAAAGCUGCUGAAUUAAAAUCGAAUAAAAUCGAUUAAUUAGACCGCAUUUCAAAUAUGUUCCUAUUUUUAAUUAAAACGAAGCAACCUCCUGCAGACGUUCCACAUCUCCAUCAGCAGGGUUAUUGGGUUCUAUAUGAAUUGUGCAUUGGGAUUGGCUGCUACUGCUACUGCUGCUCCUCCUCUUCCUUACCUCCUCCUCUUCCUCUUCCUCCUGCAGUCUCAGUGUUGCAGACGGUGCUGGUCAGUGCUGGUCAAUGUGACUCGGUGUUUAAAGGGUUCUCAGACUGUCUGCUUCAGUUGGGGGAGAACAUGGCCAACUAUCCCCAGAACCUGGACGACACGCAGAACCUGCACACGAUCUGCGGUUACUGGGAUGACUUCCACUCCUGUGCCACGACGGCGCUGGCCGACUGCCAGGAGGGAGCGACGGACCUCUGGGAGAAACUGAAAAAGGAGUCUCGCAACCUGGAUUUCCGUGGGAGUUUGUUUGAACUCUGUGGCGGCGGCAACGCGGCCCCCAGAUCGGCCGACGCCAGGGGCCUCGCCUUGGUCCUAACCACACUGCCCACCAUACUGACUUGGCUGGCGUUUUAACAGAAAACAAGGAGAAACGUAAAAAAAUAAAAAAAAUAAAUACAAAGAAGAAAAAAAUGAAAAAAGAAAAUAGAGUGAUAGCUACUCUUCGAUACUGAAAAAAAGUUUGAAUUCAUCACCAGAAAACUACACCCGAAAUGGAUUUUUACUACAUCACUGUACGGCGGCCUGGUUUGCCUUCCUGGGACAUCUGCAGGCCGUUCUCCUGGAGCGCUCAUCCAAUCACACGCUGACCUGACCCGGAGGUCGAUAACAUGAAAUAUUCAACACGCCGUCGAGCUGAAAUGAUGACAAUGAUGAAAAUUUGAUGGAUCCUCGCCCGCUUACAAUCGUGGAAUUACACAGUAUUAAAGUCAACCAUGAAUUAUUGAUGUUUAGUAGGCUAGGCCUAGACAGCACUAUGUGACUGCGGGGUGCUGACACAGUAUCAGGCUAUAUAUUAGGGUUCCCAUAUCGCCUAAAGUACACGUCCAUGUGUGACGCCAGGCCGAGCUUCACGCCACAAAAUCAAUAAGAUGAGCCCGUUUCAGACCAGUCGCCUCAUUUCCACCACGGACAGUAUUUCCUUUUUUAAUCGCGCCAAGUUGACUGUGUUGAGCCCGGUAGGUUUGAUGGACUGAAUGCUUGAUGGUGAUUUAAUAUUUGUAUUCUUAUUGGCUGUUUAUUGUGCUCAUGCCACGGUCACACCAGCUUUUAUCACAGCGGCAUUUUGCACCAAAUUGAAUCCGUCAGGUUUGCACAUCGUCCUCCUUUACGGGUCGACCUCGGUGGACUUUUACAGGCGACGGAAAAAAAAGAAAAACUGCAACGACAGUAUUGACCUUUGACCCACGCAGCAUGGCUUGCAGUCCGAUCGUGUGCCAGCAGUAGGCGUGUUCUUAAAUUUAUAGUGUUCUACUUUUGGUUUGUUGAACUGGCUAGCUUGCCGCCACUUAUCAAAAAAAAAUCAACGCCACGUGAAGAAAUGUCGCUCUGCCAGUCUCUGGUGUGACCGUAGCCUUGUUUUCCCCACCAGGCUCUGAGCUGCAGGGUUGAGAGUUUGAAGCCUGCUUUUCAUUAAACAACAGUUUUAGACUGAUGUUAAAUUGCAUGAUGUUGGUUCGGACAGUCUCGGAACAUUUCAGGAAAUAAGCACAAACUCACGCACAAAAUAUGGACAGACUGCUUCUAAUGGGGUUAAACCUCGCCCCAAAUCAUCACCAAGAACCCGGUGAAACAUCUGGUAUCAUCACUAAACUGCAGGAGGCUACCUGGCUACCUGUUAGCGGUUAAAAUAGAUCGGUUCAGAUUAGCCUAUAUUUCGUUUUAGCAGUUAGAACGGAUCAAGAUGGGUAAAAGUUUAGCAGCUAAACCAGACUGAUGAACGCUAGCUAAUAGUUCAGUUUAGCACCAGGACAGCUUAAGUCUGAUUUAGAUUUUCCGAUUGCGUCACGUUGUCUAACCGCUUGGUUUAGUGGAUAAACCAGAAGGUUAGCUAACAGCUCAGGUUAUGAAAACCUUCUCCUUCUCCUAUGAAAAUAGGAAAUGUGUUGAGAAUUAAACCCAGAUCAUCAGAGUUUAAAGUCGUAGACAAACAUGUCUUCGUCUUUUCUUGAAUCAGUUUGUGCCAGACGUCGUGCUCAUUUCCUGAAAUCCCACGAGAACAAUAAUUAAGUUGGAAACUCUUCAAGGAUCUUUUGGAAAGUAGAAACACAUUAGAAUUAACUUUAGUUCGUGUCGCUCAGCAGAACCGUGUGUUAGAAACGAACGAGUGAAACGGCGACCGAGAGAGAAAAAGAGGAUGUUCUGAGAAGCCGACAGCAAUACGAAGAUGUGACUUCAUGGCCAGUGUAGCUACUGAAAAAAAAUAACAAACCGUGGCUGAAGAGAGAUAUGACUGUUGCCAUUUAGCACAUCCCCCCUUUUCAUACGCCAGUGACUCCUACAAGCCGACGUUAGAGGUGAUAUAUGUUAGAUUAAAGAGCUGAGUCCCAACAGUACAGUAGCAUCAUAAACUACAUGAACACGGUAAAUAGAUCAGAGGAGGUUGUUGAUUUCUUUGCCGAGGCAUAGAUGACGUUUCCACUGCCUUCUGACAAAAAGAUGUGUACUUCUGUUUGUUUGUCUCUUUGUUUGUUUAUGGGGAUGUUGCGUAACAAAAAAGAGUUUUAAAAAAAAUAUAUAUGGACUUAUUCCAAAAAAAGAAUAUGUAUAUCAAAAGGAUUUUGAGAAAAUAAAAUAUUAUAGAUAGUCUAUCCCAGACAGUUUUAACACAAGAUUGAUACUUUACAGAUUAUAGGCCUACUGAGAUAUAAAAAAAUAAAAAGAUUGCUAAAAUGAUAAAGAGUAAUAAAUAAAAUGACUAAUGUUUGAAAA